AUGGACGACGAAGAGUACUAUGGGGGGCAGCUCCAGGGUUACAGCAUCCAAAACCAACCGACGGUCGAUCCGCAAGACACCAUCGUCGCCGGGGGUUCUAGGCUAGCCGUAGGCCUCACUAUCGAAACGGACCAGCACGAGGACCCCACGCCGAGUUACGCGACGGGGUACCUCUGUGGGAACACGGCAACAUAUUUCGUGGGACACGAGGGCAUUGCUGCGGCAGAACAUGUCUCCCAGGCCAUGGCAGACGUGACCUCGCCCAAUAUCUGGCCCGUUCAAGAGAUGGGGUAUCCUGGCACCCCGUUUCUUUCAGCAGAAUACGGCCCUCAUACGGUAGAGGACGAGACCCAGACGGCCUCAGCGCAUAUCGGAAACCAAUCGUCCAUCGAAAUUCCAAUUUCCUAUCCAUCGGCCGAAAACGAUUUCCUAUCAACAAUAGUUACAGACCAGUCAUCAAGCUCGAGUCCUUCGCCGCCAUCCUCUCCGCUGAGUAGCCAUAUCGAGCCCGGGGGAGACAUCGUUUGUACGGAAGGUAAAUGUGCGCAGAAUCCCCAGCGAUUUCGCAGACCUGGGGAUUACAACAUGCACACGAAGAGACAUAGACUCCCCUACAAAUGUACUUUUGCUGGCUGUCGCUGGGGUCAACGGGGCAAGGGAUUCUCUCAACGCCGCGAGUUGGAGAAACACGAGAAGACUCACCUGGCUGGUCUGUCCUUUUCUUGCCCGGUCAAGAGCUGUUCUAGCAGCGCCACGAGGGAAGAUAACCUGGUCCGGCAUCUAAAGAAGACACACGGUAUCAAGGCCAAGAAGGCGGACAUUGCCAGUUUGUACAGAAGAUAG